CUGAACUUUGAUCUCCAUUCACUGUUGGUCGUGGCUAGCUAGCCAGCUAGCAUUAGCUAAAUCAGCCAGGACUUCUUGUUUCAACUAGCGGCAACGGAAAGAAAAACAGCAUGGUUGACAAGAAUAUCUACAUUGUCCAAGGGGAAAUAACCACUGUUGUUGGAGCCAUUAAGAGGAACUCCAGAUGGAACACCCAUACAUCAUUGGAUGAAGAACAAGACCCAUUACUGAACAGCUUUGGUCAUCUUAAGGAAGUACUCAACAACAUAAAAGUGCUCUCUGAUGUGGAACCAAACCUUUUCUUGAGGCCCUUCCUGGAAGUUGUUCGAUCUGAGGACACCACUGGACCAAUCACAGGCCUUGCUCUUACCUCUGUAAACAAGUUCCUUUCCUAUGGCCUUAUUGAUGCUAACCAUGAGGCUGCAGCAGAGGCCAUUGAGAACAUGGCGGACGCAGUCACACACGCCAGGUUUGUGGGAACAGACCCUGCCAGUGACGAAGUUGUCUUGAUGAAGAUUCUGCAGGUCCUGAGGACUUUGCUGCUGACACCGGUUGGAGCUCAUCUGACCAACGAGUCCGUGUGUGAAAUCAUGCAGUCCUGCUUCAGAAUCUGUUUCGAGAUGCGCCUCAGUGAACUCCUUAGAAAGUCUGCGGAGCACACACUCGUUGACAUGGUGCAGCUGCUAUUCUCCAGACUACCCCAGUUCAAGGAGGAGGCCAAGAGUUACUUGGGUGCCAACAUGAAGAAGCUAAAGAUGCGAGCCGGUGGAAUGAGUGAAUCAUCCAAAUGGAAGAAGCAGAAACGCUCACCAAGGCCGCCGCGCCACAUGGUCCGAAGUUCCUCGGGUCAACUUGACCCAAACCAGCCAAGCACUCUCAGCAACAACCUCUCAGGUGGCGUCCCGUUCAUUGAACAGGCCACGUUGAACUCUAGUCUUGUGACCUCCGACAGUGCUGGCUCGUCCAUUUCCAGUCCUUCAACCACAGACAGUGGUCUGGAAACAGGCUCCAAAGCCACUUCCAGAGAAGACCUUUCUGACCUGGACCAGUGUAGCUCCUCUGUGACCACCCCCUGCACUGCUACCUCACUCCCGGGUACUGAGUCUGGCUCUUCAGAUGCACAGUCUGAGGGCAGGCAGGCUGAACCAGCUCCGUCAGCCUCUGUGGAGUCGAUUCCUGAAGUUCUGGAGGACAAAGACUCUGUUACUGAGCAGUCAGACACCACCUCUGUUCAUGACAUGGACUACGUCAACCCUCGAGGAGUUCGGUUCACUCAGUCCACACAAAGAGAUGGAGUCUCUCUUAUCCCCUACGGUCUGCCGUGCCUGAGGGAGGUUUUCCGCUUUCUGAUUUCACUGACCAACCCUCACGACCGCCACAACACUGAUGCCAUGAUGCACAUGGGCCUGCAGCUUCUCACUGUAGCUCUUGAGUCAGGACACAUAGCUAAUUACCAGUCUUUACUAGUCCUGGUGAAAGAUGAGCUCUGCAGACAUCUGCUUCAGCUGCUGAGUAUGGAGCGUAUGAAUCUGUAUGCUUCCUCCAUUCGGGUUUGCUUCCUGCUUUUUGAAAGCAUGAGACUACAUCUAAAGUUUCAGCUGGAGAUGUACCUGAAGAAGCUGAUGGACAUCAUCACAUCAGAGAACAUUAAGCUGCCCUAUGAGAUGAAGGAGUUGGCUCUGGAGGCUCUGGUCCAACUCUGGAGGAUUCCCAGCUUUGUGACCGAGCUCUACAUAAACUACGACUGUGAUUUCUACUGCUCCAAUCUGUUUGAAGACCUCACAAAGCUGCUGUCCAAGAAUUCAUUCCCGGUGUCGGGGCAGCUGUACACCACUCACCUGCUGUCACUGGAGGCCCUGCUCACUGUCAUCGACAGCAUUGAAGCUCACUGUCAGGCCAAAGUGCUGAACAACACAUCUCAGCAGGACCAGUCAGACACACUGCUGGCAGAUGGCGAAACUGUCUCCACAAAUGGACCGGACUCUACAACUGAUGGUAAUAGAAUUAACAACACUACAAGUUCUGCACAAGCUGUGAGUGCACCAAUGUUCCCACCAACCAGUGGACACCUGAUGGCUGAGAGGAUGAAGCUGGGUCGGCAGGAUCAAGGAGACAGUGACGCUGCAGAUAAGAAAACUCCAAAAAAGCCUCAUCGGUUCUCCUCGUGUUUACCUGAUUCUCAAGAGCUGAUGGAAAUUAGAACAAAGAAAAAGCUGCUGAUCACAGGCACAGAGCAGUUUAACCAAAAGCCCAAGAAGGGAAUCCAGUUCCUGCAGGAAAAGGGUCUUCUCAGUGACCCCAUGGACAACAACCAAGUGGCUCAGUGGCUCAGAGAAAACCCUCGUUUGGACAAGAAAAUGAUUGGCGAGUACAUCAGCGAUCGCAAGAACAUGGACCUCCUGGACAGCUUUGUGAACACGUUCACUUUUCAGGGCCUUCGAAUAGAUGAGGCUCUACGGCUCUACCUGGAGGCUUUUAGGCUCCCUGGAGAGGCUCCUGUUAUUCAGAGACUCUUGGAAACUUUCACUGACAAUUGGCAUAAGGUGAACGGCUCUCCUUUCAUGACCAACGAUGCAGGCUUUGCUUUGGCCUACGCCGUCAUAAUGUUGAACACUGACCAGCACAACCACAAUGUCCGAAAGCAGAACAUCCCCAUGACUCUGGAACAAUUCAAGAAAAACCUGAAGGGUGUGAACGGAAACAAAGACUUCGACCAGGACAUGCUGGAGGACAUCUACAACGCUAUCAAGAAUGAGGAGAUUGUGAUGCCAGACGAGCAGACGGGGUUAGUUAAGGAGAACUAUGUUUGGAGCGUGCUGCUGCACCGCGGCGCCACACCUGAGGGGCUUUUCCUCUACCUCCCACCUGGCAGCUACGACCACGACUUGUUCACCAUGACUUGGGGCCCCACCAUCGCUGCUCUGUCCUACGUGUUCGACAAGAGCCUUGACGAUAGCAUCAUCCAGAAGUCCAUCACCGGCUUCAGAAAAUGUGCAAUGAUCGCAGCUCAUUAUGGCUUCAGCGACGUUUUUGACAACUUGAUCAUCUCCCUCUGCAAGUUCACCACGUUGAGCAGCGAGUCUGUGGAAAACCUUCCUUCGGUGUUUGGCAGCAACAAUAAGGCGCAGACCGCAGCCAAGACAAUGUUUGACCUCGCCCAUCGGCAUGGCAACAUCCUUAGGGAGGGCUGGAAGAACAUCAUGGAGUCCAUGCUGCAGCUGUUCAGAGCCCAGCUCCUGCCCAAAGCCAUGGUGGAGGUGGAGGACUUUGUGGAGCCCAACGGGAAAAUUUCUCUUCAGAGGGAGGAGACGCCUUCAAAUCGUGGGGAGUCAGCGGUGCUGAGUUUUGUCAACUGGCUGACGCUGAGCGGAGUCGAGCAGUCCGGUCUCAGAGGACCAUCCACAGAGAACCAGGAGGCCAAGCAAGCUGCCAUCCUCUGCAUAAAGCAAUGUGACCCAGAGAAGUUGAUCACAGAGAGUAAAUUCCUCCAGCUUGAGUCUCUGCAGGAGCUGAUGAAGGCCCUGAUAACAGUCACACCGGAUGAAGAGACGUAUGAUGAAGAGGAUGCUGCCUUCUGCUUAGAGAUGUUGCUGCGUAUCGUUCUGGAGAACAGGGACCGUGUGUCUUGUGUUUGGCAGACGGUGCGGGACCACCUCUACCACCUCUGUGUUCAUUCUAACGAAAGCUGCUUCCUGGUGGAGAGGGCCGUGGUGGGGCUCCUUCGACUCGCAAUCCGCCUUCUGCGUCGAGAAGACAUUAGCUCUCAGAUUCUUCUCUCCCUGCGCCUCCUCCUCAUGAUGAAACCCCACGUGCUGUCCCGAGUCAGCAGGGAGGUGGCCUUUGGCCUCCAUGAGCUGCUGAAGACCAAUGCGGCCAACAUCCACUGUACAGAUGACUGGUACACGCUCUUCUCCCUGCUGGAGUGCAUUGGAGCAGGAGUAAAACCUCCUGCCUCUUUCCAGCUCGCUGCAUCUACUGCUGACAACGACACAGGGGCCCAGUCUGACAGUGAGCUGUCGUCCCAUCAUCAUCCCAGUGAAGUGUCUUUAGACCGUGGUUACACGUCUGACUCUGAGGUCUACACGGAGCACAGCAAGACCAGGAUCCCUCGCUCUACAACUGAUGUGGACGUAGCAAGCAGUGGAUGGCUCGUGGUUGGAAAAGAUGAUCUGGAGAUGACUAAGCCCCCCCAUGUAAACUCCAAAGCUCAGCUGAAUCACCCGUUGGUGAACCAGUACAGUUUGACUCUGGGCCAGGACCUGGGCCAGCACGACACCAAGUCUCUCAUCAAGUGUGUGGAAACACUGUCCUUCAUCGUCCGCGACGCCGCUCACGUCACCCCCGACAACUUUGAGCUGUGCGUCAGAGCGAUACGAGUGUUUGUGGAGGCCAGCCUCAACGGAGGUUACAGGAACCAUGACAAGAAGAAGAGCCACAAGUAUGACCCCUCCAAGUCCCGGCUGAGGAAGAAGGUGGGAGGGAGAGAGAAGGAUACUGGAGGCAGUACAAGACGGGGUGGAAGUAGGGUGUCCAGCCAGCGUCCAUCUCGUUCCCAUAGUGAUGACGAGGAGGAUGAGGGCGUCCCAGCCAGCUAUCAUACUGUGUCAUUACAGGUUAGUCAGGACCUGUUGGACCUGAUGCACACGCUGCACACCCGGGCAGCCAGCAUCUAUAGCUCCUGGGCAGAGGAGCAGCGUCACCUAGAGGUCUCUGGCAAGAAGAUCGAAGCCGACUCCCAGACUCUGUGGACCAGCUGCUGGUGUCCGCUGCUGCAAGGGAUUGCUUGGCUGUGCUGCGACGCCAGGCGGCAGGUCCGCAUGCAGGCCCUCACCUACCUCCAGAGAGCGCUGCUGGUCCACGACCUGCAGACUCUUGAUGCAGCUGAGUGGGAGUCCUGCUUCAACAAGGUUCUGUUCCCCUUGUUGACCAAGCUGCUGGACAACAUCAGUCCUGCAGACGUCGGCGGUAUGGAGGAGACCAGAAUGAGAGCCUGCACGCUGCUGUCAAAGGUGUUCCUGCAGCACCUGUCUCCCCUGCUGUCCCUGCCCACCUUCGCUGCCCUCUGGCUCACCAUUCUGGAUUUCAUGGACAAAUACAUGCAUGCAGGAUCCAGUGACUUACUGUUGGAGGCGAUCCCAGAGUCUCUGAAGAACAUGCUGCUGGUGAUGGACACAGCAGGGAUUUUCCACAGCACCGACUCCAGGACAGGAUACUCAGACCUGUGGGAAAUCACAUGGGAGCGAAUCGUCUGCUUCCUGCCCAACCUGAGAGAGGAGCUCUUCAAACAAACCGUGAUGCCAGAUCCAAACCCCGGUCCUACAGCAGAAGCCAUGCACCCAACACCCCCAGGAGGCCGGCCUCCAUCCCCUCAGGCAUCUCCACCUCUUCCCCAGUCUCCUUCCCCGGUCCCAGCUCCAGUAAUCCCAGCAGAGACUCAAGCUUCCAGUCGGCCCGAGUCUCCGCAGGAGCCUCAGCCAGUCAGCGCUAACGGACCUGACCGCUCCUCUCCAGUUCCAUCCUCCAACAGUCCCUCCCCACCGGCAUCUUUAGGACCGUCCCCCACCCAGGCCCCCUCAACUCUGAGUCAGCCCCCCUUGAUUCUGCAGCCCCUGGCUUCUCCCCUGCAGGUGGGAGUCCCGCCCAUGUCCCUCCCCAUCAUCCUAAACCCCGCCCUGAUCGAGGCCACGUCACCAGUGCCGCUGCUUUCUGGACCCAAACCUGUGAGUCCCUCUGACGAGGUCCAGUAAAGUCCACCUGCUUUCACGAAAACAGACAUUUUGAGUUAAAGUCUGCAGCUUGUUUAAAGGACCCCCACCACCACCCCACCCUCUGCUCAAACGCACAGGUUGUUUCCUUUGUGCCAUUUUGUGUUGCUCCCUGAUUUCACUCAGUCAACCACUUAACGGGGACAAAUCCAGACCGUUAGUCCGGUUCCUGAUCACAGCACCACAGGCUCGUACUAACAGAAGACACAUUCAGUGGCUGUUUUCUAGCCAAGAUAACUUAGAACAUUUUAUAUUUAUCUGAUUGAGACAAUAAAACGUAUAAACUGACUACGUCCCCCCAGUUGAAUUCUUAG